AUGUUAGGCUACGGCUUUAAAGCAACCCACUUCUGGCACGGCAUCGAAACAUACAAGCCGGCAGCAAUAAUCAUCGACAGCGGGUCCACAGAUGGAGGUCCUUACAAGCUCGGCCUGAACAAAAUGACCUGCGGCCUCGAGUCAUAUGUUCGGGAUCUGACGCCAAUACUUGCCGCGUGCUUUCAUAGGAAGAUCAAGGUGUUGAUUUCUUCUGCUGGUGGCGAUGGGAGUAAUUCGCAUGUUGAGGAGAUGAGGGGGAUUGUGGAGGAGAUUUCGGAAAAGUUUGGGUAUUCGUUUGCUGUUGUUACGAUCCAGGCGAGGAUGGAAAAGGGACUGGUUAAGAGGAGGAUUGAGGGGGGAUGGUUGGGCCUUAUGGGGGCUGAGCCAUAUAUCAAAGCGCUGGAUCGAGAUCCCGAUAUCAUUAUUGGGGGCCGGUCUUAUGAUCCUGCGCCAUUCGCGGCUUUCUCUAUGUACCACGGCGUUCAGCCUGGUGUUGCGUGGCAUAUGGGGAAGAUCAUGGAGUGCGGAGGCAUCUGUGCCGUGCCGAAGGGUCGUUCGAUGAUUGCGACUGUUCGUGAAGAUUCAUUUGAUCUAACGCCUCUCUCGCCGAGGGAAAGGUGUACGCCGUUAUCUGUUGCUGCCCACACACUCUACGAAAAGACAAGACCAGAUCGACUUCCUGGUCCGGGAGGAGUUCUGAAUCUUGACGGUGCCUCCUAUGAGCAGAUUACGGAGAAGACCGUCCGCGUUCGUGGGGCCGAGUUCGUCCCGUCAGAGACGUACCAGGUUAAGAUGGAAGGCGUGGAGAAAUUGGGAUUCAGAACCAUCUUCAUCGGUGGGAUUCGGGAUCCGAUCCUGAUUUCUCAGAUUGAUGCCUUCCUCGAUGAUGUGCGGGCUUAUACGCAGAAUCUAUUUCCUCAGUUGGAUCAGUCGCCGCAGUGCCGACUUAUCUUCCACUUUUACGGGAGGAAUGGGACGAUGGGGCCUAUCGAGCCGAAGAAGGGGGAGACGAGCUGCCAUGAGCUUGGGAUUCUCGGUGAAGUCGUUGCACCUUCUCAGGAACUUUCGUAUACGAUUGCCAAUAAUGCUCGCGCGUCAAUCUUGCAUAUGCCGUAUAAGAAUCAGGUUGCUACGACGGGUAACUUUGCUUCGCCUUUAUCGCCUCAUGAGACUGCUGCUGGACCUGUUUUCCGGUUCAACGUCUACCAUCUAAUGAAUUUGGUUCCCGGUGAAGAGGUUUCGUUGUUCUCGGUCCAUGAUUGGAAGAUCAGCAAUGAGGCUUUGCAAGGUGAAUUCCAGGGUCUCACGGAUGCACAGCGAGAAGAAUUGGCAUCGGAGUCUCUGGAGCCAGUGACUUUUAAACCGGUUCCGUCGGGUGAGUGUAAGAUGUUGGAAAUUGCAAAGAUUAUUCGAUCGAAGAACUCGGGUCCGUUCGAGUUGACCUUUGAUAUCAUGUUCGAUAUUAAAGAGGCCUAUCAGCGAGUCAAGGAUGCGAAUAUUCUUACCAACGAACGCAUGUUGAGUCUGUACCAUCUGAAGCCAGAAGAUAUCAUCACGAAUAUGUUCUUCGAGCCUGCCCUGGCGUGGAAGUGCACCAUCCGCCGUCCAUGGGAACAAGGGACCGUCGGAGAAAGAGAUACGCUCGGCACCCAACAACAUGGCCCGUUAUUGACCAUCGUGGUGCCAGACCCGAAUGCAAAACUGCCUUUCCAAGACCGGUCAAGCUUCACUGCAAAGAAGAGCGUCGAAUACAUCUGGAGAGAGCUGGGUCUUCCAUCAACAGCUCUGCAAAGCCUGAAUCUCCCCGGCGAAGGACUGGGCCUUCCCUCAUCCUUUAAGAUCGGCCACCUCGCCCAAGCAUCAAUUGGACUCUCCGCUCUCCUCGCCGCGCAAAUUUAUGCUCUUCGAAAGUACACCUCUGUCCCUGAAGUCACAGUACCACUCCAGCAUGCGUCAAUCGAGUUCAAAUCCGAGCGACUGUAUACCCUGGAUAUCCUGGACAAUAAACCCACACCGUCGCCCUUGGAUGCUAUCGGCGGUCUCCACAAAGCAGCCGAUGGCUACGUCCGCCUACACGACUCCUUCCCGAACCACCGAAACGGUGCAAAAGAAUUACUAGGCUGUCCCCCAGACGCAGAUCGAGCCGAAGUAGCCUCCAAAAUAUCCGCCUGGCGCUCCGUCGAUCUGGAGUCCACCGCAUUCGACUCGAAGCUAGUCAUUUCUGCAUUGCGAAGCUACUCGGAGUGGGAUAUCCUCCCUCAAGCCCGCGCAAUCUCGGAUUUCCCCAUCCGAAUCCGCAAAAUUGGGGAUGCGCCCUCCGGAUUCCCAGCUGCCAUGCGAUCUGCAGGUGUCGAUAAGUGUCUCCGUGGUCUGAGGGUCCUGGAAUGCUCGCGUGUCAUUGCCGCGCCGCUUGCUGGGAAGACGCUUGCUGCGCACGGCGCUGAUGUGCUUUGGGUGACGAGUCCGAAGUUGCCGGACUUGCCGACGGUGGACCGGGAUUUUGGGCGGGGAAAGAGGUCGAUCCAUGUGGAUCUUUCGAGUGAAGAAGGGAAAGAGGAUCUUUCGAAGUUGCUGGAUGAUGCGCAUGUUUUUAUCCAGGGGUUUAGACCGGGGAGUCUUGCUUCGCGCGGUCUAUCCUCUGCGGAAUUGGCUAAGCGAUUCCAGCAUCGGGGGAUUAUUUGUGCGAAUAUGUCUGCGUACGGACCCAAGGGGCCCUGGAGUGGGAAGCGUGGCUUUGACUCGCUUGUUCAGACUUGUUCGGGUAUGAAUGUUUCCGAAGCGGAGCAUUUCGGUGCUGGGGAAGCUGCGAAGCCGACGCCUUGUCAGGCUCUUGAUCAUGCUGGAGGGUAUUUCCUUGCUGCGGGGAUCAUUGCUGCGCUGCAUAAGCAGGUCACUGAGGGUGGUUCUUGGGAGGUUGAUGUUUCGUUGGCUGGCGUGAUGAAGUAUCUUCGGUCGUUGGGACAGUGGGAUGGGAAGUCUGGGUUCCAGACGAGUGAUUAUACCUCUACGCAGGAUGUACCGCAGGAGUUCCUUGAGACGAGAGCGACUGGCUUUGGCGAUAUGACGGCUGUGAAGCACUCUGCUGCCAUUGAGGGUGUGCAGGUUGGUUGGGAUAUUAUGCCUCGACCGCUGGGGUCUGACUCGAAAGAGUGGUUUGAGUGGUCUGCAUAG